UUCUUCUUAUUCGCUGGUAACGUUUAUACCUAGACCGACAGAUAAUUGCAUUCUCGAUUACACUUUGGAAUACCUUUUGUCGAGUAACGUUUAAAAGCAUUCUCGAUAUUAUUACGGCGCUAAUUAACGAUGAAACAAUACGCUUCGAAGUAUCUAUAAUGCAUCCUAAGAGAUACAAAGACAGAGAAAGAUAAUAUACGUAUACCUACGUAAGUGUAAAUGUGUAUGGGAGUAAGCGAGCAAGCGAGCAAGACGACUGCUACCGAAAUGAAAGUGGCGUGGGCGAGAGACCGAAGAGAAACACGGAAAUAACCGAUCAAAGGUAUACAACAAAAUCAAUGUACGAGAAAGAUAAAGUAUAAUGAUAGCGAAAUUAAUAGUCGUAAUCCUCGCGGCGGCGAGUAUUUGCCAUGGGAAUCCUGAUGCUAAAAGACUUUACGACGACCUGUUAUCCAAUUACAAUCGUCUUAUUCGACCCGUUUCAAACAACACAGAUACGGUCGUUGUCAAGCUAGGUCUUCGUCUUUCUCAGCUCAUCGACCUGAAUUUAAAGGAUCAAAUCCUAACGACUAACGUUUGGCUCGAACACGAAUGGCAGGAUCACAAAUUCCAAUGGGAUCCAACGGAAUACGGUGGUGUUACGGAACUCUAUGUACCGAGCGAACACAUAUGGUUACCCGAUAUCGUACUUUACAACAACGCCGAUGGAGAAUACGGGGUAACAACCAUGACAAAAGCUAUUUUACAUUACACGGGUAAAGUACUUUGGACACCUCCGGCUAUUUUUAAAUCAUCCUGCGAAAUCGAUGUGAGAUAUUUCCCGUUCGAUCAGCAAACCUGUUUCAUGAAGUUUGGUUCUUGGACGUACGAUGGCUUCCAGAUUGAUUUGAAACACAUUAAUCAAAAUAUGGGAGACAACAAAGUAGAAGUAGGUAUCGAUCUACGUGAAUAUUAUCCAAGCGUCGAAUGGGAUAUUUUAGAUGUACCUGCGGAACGUCAUAAAAAAUAUUAUCCCUGUUGCGAGGAACCUUAUCCCGAUAUAUUCUUCAAUAUCACGUUACGUCGUAAGACGUUGUUUUAUACGGUUAACUUAAUCGUACCGUGCGUUAGUAUUUCAUAUCUUUCGGUAUUGGCUUUUUAUCUACCUGCCGAUUCGGGAGAAAAAAUAGCCCUCUGUAUCAAUAUACUUCUAUCUCAAACAAUGUUUUUCCUACUAAUAUCAGAAAUUAUACCGUCGACUUCAUUGGCGUUACCUUUAUUAGGCAAAUAUUUGCUAUUCACUAUGAUACUAGUCGGUCUUUCCGUAGUAAUAACGAUAAUAAUAUUAAACGUACAUUAUCGUAAACCGAGUACACACAAAAUGGCACCUUGGGUAAGAAAAAUCUUCAUUAGAAGAUUACCUAAAUUAUUAUUGAUGAGAGUACCGGAUGAUCUUCUCAAUGAUCUUGCCGCUCACAAGUUACACGGACGUGGAAAAUCUGGGAAAAAAAGUAAAUUCAAUGCAGCCGUUGCAGCUGCGGUUCAAACUUCAUCCAUAGUUUCUUCCCCGGAUUCUGCUCGUCAUCAACGUAUCGGUGGUACUCUAUUCUUAUUUUAUCCAUUUUUUGUUAUACGCCAUUUUUAUACUAAUAAAAUAAUGAUUGAAUUCACAUCGUAUUUUACAGGUUGCAACGGUUUACAUACAACAUCUGCACACAAUAGAUUUCUUGGAGGUUUUGGUGGCUACAACGGUCUGCCAACUGUCAUGUCCGGAUUAGAUGAAUCUCUGAGUGAUGUAACGCCUAGAAAGAAGUAUCCGUUCGAACUCGAGAAAGCUUUGCACAACGUCAUGUUCAUUCAACAUCACAUACAACGACAAGACGAGUUCAAUGCCGAGGAUCAAGAUUGGGGUUUUGUUGCAAUGGUUUUAGAUCGACUUUUCCUUUGGAUCUUCACGAUAGCUUCCAUAAGUGGAACAUUUACUAUACUUGCUGAAGCACCUGCACUAUACGACGAUACUAAACCUAUCGAUAUGCAAUAUUCUUCCGUUGCUCAGCAACAAUAUCUACCAAGUUCAGAAUUUUUUGAUCAACUUAAUCAAAACUGAUAACUUCAUUUAUUCGAGUAUUUGGAAUACGAUGUACAGUUCAUACGAAAGUCUUGUCUUAUAAGAAUGCGUUCAAAAAAAAAAAAAAAAAA